GCCGGCCGCGUCCGCAGCCGCGCCGGCCCCCCGCGCCCCGGCGCGCCCGGGUUCGGCCAUGGAGCUGCCAGCUGUCGGCGAGCACGUCUUCGCCGUGGAGAGCAUCGAGAAGAAGCGGAUCCGCAAGGGCAGAGUGGAGUAUCUGGUCAAAUGGAGAGGCUGGUCUCCCAAAUAUAACACGUGGGAACCGGAGGAGAAUAUCCUGGAUCCCCGGCUGCUGAUUGCCUUCCAGAACAGAGAAAGGCAGGAGCAGCUGAUGGGAUAUCGGAAGAGAGGGCCCAAGCCCAAGCCGCUGGUGGUGCAGGUACCCACCUUUGCCCGACGGUCCAACGUGCUCACGGGGCUCCAAGACUCCUCGGCUGACAACCGUGCCAAGCUAGAGCUGGGCGGGCAGGGCAAGGGGCACCAGUAUGAGCUCAACAGCAAGAAGCACCACCAGUACCAGCCUCACAGCAAGGAGCGGUCGGGCAAGCCCCCGCCGCCCGGCAAGAGCGGCAGCAAGUACUACUACCAGCUGAACAGCAAGAAGCACCACCCCUACCAGCCGGACCCCAAGAUGUACGACCUGCAGUACCAGGGAGGCCACAAGGAGGCGCCCAGCCCCACCUGCCCGGACCUGGGCGCCAAGAGCCACCCGCCGGACAAGUGGGCGCACGGCGCGGCGGCCAAGGGCUACCUGGGGGCCGUGAAGCCCCUGUCCGGAGGGGCGGGAGCCGCGGGCAAGGGCUCGGAGAAGGGCCUCCCCAACGGGCUGCCGCCCGCCCCCAAGGAGGCCGUGGCGGGCAACGGGAUCGGGGGCAAGAUGAAGAUCGUGCGGAACAAGAACAAGAACGGGCGCAUCGUGAUCGUGAUGAGCAAGUACAUGGAGAACGGCAUGCAGGCGGCCAAGAUCAAGUCGGGCGAGGAGGGCGAGGCGCGCGCCCCCGGCCACAAGAAGCGCGCCCCCGACGAGCGGCACCCCCCGGCCGACAGGACCUUCAAAAAGGCGCCGGUCGGGGCGGAGGAGAAGAAGGCGGAGGCCCCCGGCAAGAGGCGGGGCGAGGAGGAGGCCGCGGGCCCGGGGGACCCCCCGCCGCCGCCGCCCCCGCCGCCGCCCGCGGACCCCGCCGCCGCCGCCCGCAAGCUCUCCCCGGCCAAGGAGGCCUUCGGCGGCGAGCAGCCCCUGCCGCUCACCACCAAGCCGGACCUGCUGGGCUGGGACCCGGCGGCGCGGGCCGCGCACCCCGCGGCGCACCACCACCACCAUCACCACCACCACCACCACCACCACCCCCUGGGGCUCAACCUGGCGCACGCGCGCAAGCGCUGCCUGUCGGAGACGCACGGGGAGCGGGAGCCGGGCAAGAAGCGGCUGACGGCGCGCAGCGUGAGCACGCCCACGGGGCUGGGGGGCGCGGGGCCCGAGCCCGCGCCCGGCGCGCCGCCCGAGGUCAUCCUGCUGGACUCGGACCUGGACGAGCCCAUAGACUUGCGCUGCGUCAAGACGCGCGGCGAGCCCGCGCCGCCGCCGCCGCCGCCCAGCGCCCCGCAGGUGAAGCCCGAGGCCCCCGCCGCCGCCGCCGCCCCGGCCCCGCCGGCCCCCGCCGCCGAGAAGCCGCCGGCCGAGGCCCAGGACGAGCCCGCCGAGCCGCUGGGCGAGUUCAGGCCCUUCUUCGGGAACAUCAUCAUCACCGACGUCACCGCGAACUGCCUCACCGUCACGUUCAAGGAGUACGUGACGGUGUAGCCGGGGCCGUCCGGGCCUUCGAGGGGGCCUGCGCGCCCCUGCGGCCUCAGGAAGACCCCCGGGCCCCGCCGCGCCUGCCCUCCCCGCGGGGCGCCUGCCCCCACCGGCUCCUGUCCACACGGUGCCUGCGGCCUCCACCAUGCGCCCCCCACGACAGCCUGCCCCUCCCCGCGGGCUCCCCCGGACCUGGCCGCCCGGCCCCGGCCCAGAGUUAUAGUAUUAUAUUUUAACUGUGCUAACUGUCAAGUGCUGACUACUCCCGUUUGUACGUGGUGUUAUUCUUGAAAUGUAUUGUUUGAGCUCAAAAGGCCCGGACAGCCCCCCCCUUUCCUCCCCCCACCUCUUCGGGCUGAGAUUAUAAAUAUAUAUAUAUUUAUUUGUAGGUAUUUAUAUAUUGAAAUAUAAAAGCCUAGAUUUAUGGAGUUUCCUCUAGAUCAUAUUAUAUUCCAUAUCAGACGAACUAUUUUCUGUUGCUCCUCCCUCCCUUCUUCAUUCAGUAUUUCGGUUGCUUUCAUUCCCUCCCCUCCGGGAACUCAAAUUCCAGGAACCUUGGUAUAUUUUUUGAUACUGUACACAUGGAUGUGUUGUUUCUAUGUGCAAAAAAAAAAAAAGUUUGUUAAAAGGCUAAACGAACUCUCUAGAACAUGCUGCUACUAGAAAUGUCUAAACUAUAAGCUUCCAAUUAUUACCUGCUUGAAUGUAAAUAUUAAACAGAGAUGUUGAAGGUG